CUUCCAUCCUGUCCUCGUUCGGUUUUGGGCUGUGAAGUUCUGCUGCAGUGUUCUCUGGCCGGUGGUCUUGUUUGUCCACAAAGCUGGAAAGGUAGAAGGCAUUGAGUCAGGCUCAUCCUUCGCUUCUGACUCAUUUCCCGACUUAUCGCGCUAGCUCAGCAGAAUCCUGUUUCAUGACCUUCACCGUCCAACCUACAGCCACCAUGGCUACCUUCACCAGGAUGAUGAAGGGCCAAGUGCGCAAUUAUUCCGCCCCGCUGGACAUGGCUAUUCCUGCCGCCAAACAGAAAUACAUUCCUUCGUCCGGGUCCUAUCCCAAGGGUUUCAACGUCUCUGGAACUCACGUCGGCGUCAAAGCGUCGAACACCAAAUUCCCCGACUUGGCCCUCAUUUCGUCGGAGACUCCGUGUUCGGCGGCGGCGGUGUUCACCACCAACAAAUUCCAGGCGGCUCCCGUUCAAGUGAGUCGGGAUAUCCUCAAGAACCGACAGGGGCAGGGGAUUCAGUCCGUCGUGAUCAACUCGGGCUGUGCCAAUGCCGUCACCGGAAAAGGUGGCUUGGAGGAUGCCGUGAGCAUGGGCAAGACGGUGGACGAAUGCAACGGUCUCAACGAGCCUAGUACUUUGGUCAUGAGCACCGGAGUUAUUGGACAGCGUCUUCCCAUCUCCAAGAUCCUCGACAAGAUCCCAGCCGGUCACGCCAACCUCUCCUCCACCCACGAUGCCUGGCUCUCGACUGCCCGUGCCAUCUGUACCACCGAUACCUUCCCCAAGCUUCUGUCCCGCACGUUUACGCUCCCCUCCUCGCCCGGUCGCACCUACAGCCUCGCUGGUAUGACCAAGGGAGCCGGUAUGAUCCACCCGAACAUGGCCACCCUGCUGGGCGUCCUCUGUACCGACGCGCCCAUCGAACCGUCCGCCCUGCAGUCCCUGCUGAAGCACUCCAUCGGGCGCUCGUUCAACUCGAUUUCCAUCGACGGCGACACCAGCACCAACGACACGAUUGCCAUCCUCGCCAACGGCGCCGCCGGCGGAGCCCCCAUCAGCUCCUCCUCGUCGGAUGACUACGCCGCCAUGCAGGACGUGCUCACCUCGUUCUCUCAAUCCCUGUCGCAGCUCGUCGUGCGUGACGGCGAGGGAGCCACCAAGUUCGUGACCGUGCGCGUGCAGAACUCGCCCGACUACGAAUCCGCCCGCCUGAUCGCCUCCACCAUCGCUCGUUCUCCACUCGUCAAGACGGCCCUGUAUGGCAAGGACGCCAACUGGGGCCGCAUUCUCUGCGCCAUCGGGUACACGCAGGGCGUCGCACCCGGAACCGUCGUUCCCGAGCAGACUAGCGUCAGCUUCAAGCCCGUCGACGGCAGCCCCAUCCUGAAGCUCCUGGUCAACGGCGAGCCCGAGCAGGUGGACGAGGACCGCGCCAGCGUCAUCCUCCAGGAAGAGGACCUUGAGAUCGUCGUCGACCUGGGUGGCGGCGAGAAGGGCCAGCAGGGUCUGGGAGGAGAAGAGGCAGUGUACUGGUUCUGCGAUUUCAGUCAUGAAUAUGUGACUAUCAAUGGCGACUAUCGCACUUAGGGUGACAAGCCCCUCUACCCCAACAGCAGUGUACAGUCUGCUGGGAUCACAUUAACCCAAAAUUGGAUCACUUAAUCUGCUGAGCAGUUCUAGUUAUAUCCACUCUUGAUCAACCUCAACAACAGUAAUGUUCUGUGAAAUAGAAAUACUGCAUGUCUACACACAAAGUCGUGGGCAUCUCUCACGACGUUCUUAUGAGCAUCAGUAUUAUUACCAGUCAAGGCACAAUAAUAAUUUCUAUAGUAUCUGAUUCUACCUGAGACAAAUUACAAAUCACACCUGCACCUGCAAUC